AGUUGGCACAACUCUUAUCAGACACAGUUACAGUAGAUACACUAAGUGCUCACACUCUACCACCUUUAACGCUUCUUCUUUGAGGGAUAAUGGCAGACAGAUGAAGCCUCCUCUCUCGCUGUAUUGCAGCAACAUCCUGUCUGCUCAGUGACAUUUAACCAUUCGCUGAUGAUCAAGAUUCAGCAGGAAGUGCAUCAUGCCUGUCUUGCAGCUGAUGCCAGCCUAUGGCAUUGGUUCGCGUUGAGUACUUGCAAGUACUGAAUGCAGGCGAGUGGCCUUUUAUGGAUCACCCCUAUGAAGAAACAGAGUUACAAUGGGACAGAGUACCUCGGAACAAGAGGUCCAAACAGAUUCUCCAGAGGACAAGUUUAAUGACAUCAAGUCCUUUGUGGAGGAGGAACUCCAGACCAGCAUGAUGAUGGGGAUUGUGAUUGGUGCUGGCGUUGCCAUUGUCCUUAUUGCCAUCCUCAUCUUCUUCAUCCUGCGGCGGAUCCACCUAAGAAACCUAGAAGCACAGGAGGCUCCCAAGUACCGCUUUCGUAAAAGAGACAAAGUCAUGUUCUAUGGGCGAAAGAUCAUGCGUAAAGUCUCCCAGUCUACCUCCUCGCUGGUGGGUACAUCGUCCUCCUCUCGACCACGCCUCAAAAAGAAGCAGAAGAUGCUCAACAUUGCCAAAAAGAUCCUGCGCUUUAAGAAGGAAGUGCCUACACUGCAGGCCAAGGAGCCUCCUCCCUCCGUACUGGAGGCAGAUCUUACAGAAUUUGACGUGGCCAACUCUCACCUUCCUUCGGAGGUGCUCUAUAUGCUUAAAAAUGUCCGUGUGCUUGGCCACUUUGAGAAGCCCCUCUUUCUCGAGCUUUGCAAGCACAUGGUGUUUGUACAGUUCCAACAAGGGGAGUAUGUCUUCAGGCCCGGCCAGCCAGACAGCAGCAUCUAUGUGGUUCAAGAUGGAAAAUUAGAAUUGUGCCUUACUGGAAUGGAUGGCAAAGAAAGCGUGGUAAAGGAGGUUUUCCCGGGAGACAGUGUCCACAGCCUCCUUAGCAUUCUGGAUGUCAUCACUGGCCACCAGAAGCCUUACAGAACAGUGUCGGCACGGGCUGCUGAGGUCUCCACUGUUCUUCGUUUACCAGUAGAGGCCUUCCUGUCCAUAUUUGAGAAGUACCCCGAAAGCCUAGUGCGAGUAGUACAGAUUAUCAUGGUUCGGCUCCAGAGAGUUACAGUUUUAGCCCUUCACAACUACCUGGGCCUGACAAAUGAACUCUUCAGCCAUGAAUUGCAUCCCUCACGUCAGCCACCUCCAUCUCCUCACCCGACCCGCACCAGUCCCAUCCGCCACGGCAAGCGCUUUGGCAGCCUGACAGUGCCUGAGGAGCAACGUGAAGCUAUCAUAAAAGGUGAUUUAGCCGGAGAUCAAGCCAAGGAUGGAGCUACUCUGAGUCGGACUAUCUCUAUGCCCGUGGAUAUUGCUGGUUUACAGAAAGGUUUGAGAUCGGACUUUGACAUGGCAUAUGAACGGGGACGGAUCUCUGUGUCUGCAGAAGAUGGCAACACCCCACCCAACUUUUCUCGGUCUGUUUCCCAGGACCAGCGGGAGAGGAAGGUGACAGUGGAUGAGGUUCCUUCGGGGAUUUACUUGUAUCCAGAGGAAGAGACAGGGGUGGAUAAUAUUUUCACAACUGUAACCUGUCGAUCCAAUUCAGCGUUGUUUGAGGAAGCACAGAAAGAGGUCCUUAAGCUCAUGAAGAUUGAGGACCCCUCGCUGUUAAAUGGGAAAGUUACUUUACACCAUGCUAAAGCUGGAGCUGUCUUGGCCAGACAGGGAGAUCAGGAUGUGAGUCUGCACUUUGUUCUGUCCGGAUGCCUGCACGUCUAUCAGCGGAUGAUAAAUAAGCAGGAAGCCGUCUGCCUGUUUGUGACCCACCCAGGGGAGAUGGUGGGACAGCUUGCUGUGCUUACUGGGGAGCCUCUUAUUUUCACCAUCAAGGCCAUACGGGACUGUACUUACCUCAAGAUAUCCAAAUCUGAUUUCUAUGAGAUUAUGAGGGAGCAGCCCAGCGUGGUGUUGAGUGCAGCGCACACUGUGGCCAUCCGUAUGUCACCAUUUGUCAGACAGAUGGACUUUGCUAUUGACUGGAUGGCUGUGGAAGCAGGUAGAGCUCUCUACAGACAGGAUGAUCAGUCGGACUGCACAUACAUCAUUCUCAAUGGACGUCUGCGUUCAGUCAUCCGCAAGGCAAAUGGCAAGAAAGAACUCGUGGGGGAAUAUGGAAGAGGAGACCUGAUUGGAGUGGUGGAGGCAUUAACCAGACAGCCGCGAGCAACGACUGUGCAUGCCGUAAGAGACACUGAAUUGGUCAAGCUGCCCGAGGGAACACUCAACAACAUCAAAAGAAGAUAUCCUCAGGUGGUGACGAGGUUGAUCCACUUACUUGGCCAGAAAAUUCUGGGGAACCUCCAACAGGGUCGAGGCCCAUUCUCAGGCUCAGCCCUGAGUCUGCCCAGUAUGAAAACAAGUGCUGAUGUAACCAACCCUGCCAGCAACCUCUCGACUGUGGCUGUGCUACCAGUAUGUGAUGAAGUGCCAAUCAAUGCAUUCAACCUGGAGCUCAGCCAUGCCCUCAGCGCCAUUGGGCCAACUUUGCUGUUGACCAGUGACAUCAUCAGAGAGAGACUUGGAGCAUCUGCCUUGGACAGCAUCUAUGAGUACCGCCUGUCUGGCUGGUUGGCCCAGCAGGAGGACCUCAAUCGAAUUGUCUUGUACCAGACUGACAACAGCAUGACCCCAUGGACUCAGCGCUGCAUUCGUCAGGCAGAUUGCAUCCUUAUUGUUGGACUGGGAGACCAGGAACCAACAGUUGGCGAGUUGGAGCAGAUGCUGGAAAACACAGCAGUCCGUGCAUUGAAACAGCUGAUCCUUCUUCACAGAGAAGAUAGUUCAGGUCCUUCCAGGACAGUCGAGUGGCUUAACAUGCGUAGCUGGUGCUCGGGGCAUCUUCACCUGAAGUGUCCUCGCAGGGUCUUUUCCAGACGCAGCCCCAGCAAACUGAGAGAGGUUUACGAAAAGGUUUUUGAGAAAACAGCAGAUAGACACAGUGAUUUCUCUCGGCUGGCCCGAGAGCUGACCGGAAACAGUAUAGCUCUUGUGCUGGGAGGUGGCGGAGCAAGAGGUUGUUCUCACGUGGGUGUAAUUAAAGCUAUGGAGGAAGCGGGGAUUCCCAUUGACAUUGUUGGUGGAACGUCUAUUGGAUCAUUCAUUGGUGCACUGUACGCUGAAGAGAGGAGUGCUGUCAGAACCAAGCAGAGAGCCAGAGAGUGGUCAAAGGCCAUGAACUCAGUAUUCAAAACAGUCUUGGACCUGACCUAUCCCAUCACCUCCAUGUUCUCUGGCUCUGCAUUCAAUACGAGCAUCUACAAGGUUUUUCAGGACAAGCAAGCUGAGGACUUGUGGCUGCCGUAUUUCAACGUCACUACGGAUAUCACAGCAUCUGCCAUGCGUGUUCACCAAGAUGGUUGCGUCUGGCGAUAUGUUAGAGCCAGUGCCUCGUACACCCCCUAUUUACCUCCCCUCUGCGACCCCAAGGAUGGCCAUUUGCUUGUGGACGGUUGCUAUGUAAACAAUGUCCCAGGCUCUCUGUGGCGCUAUGUGCGAGCGAGCAUGACCCUAUCUGGGUACCUGCCGCCUCUCUGCGACCCCAAAGAUGGGAACUUGCUUAUGGAUGGUGGCUACAUCAACAAUAUCACAGCGGAUAUUGCGAGGAACAUGGGCGCCAAAACAGUCAUUGCCAUUGAUGUGGGAAGCCAGGAUGAGACAGACCUCUGUAACUAUGGCGACUGUCUGUCUGGCUGGUGGUUACUGUGGAAACGAAUCAAUCCUUGGGCCGAAAAAGUCAAGGUGCCAGACAUGGCAGAGAUCCAGUCUCGGCUCGCCUAUGUGUCUUGUGUGCGGCAAUUAGAGGUGGUCAAGAAAAGUGCUUAUUGCGAGUACAUUAGACCGCCCAUUGAUCGUUUCAAGACCAUGGACUUUGGCAAGUUUGACGAGAUUUAUGAUGUGGGCUUCCAGCACGGUAAGCUGUUGUUCACUGGCUGGGCCCGAGGUGACAUCAUUGAAAACAUGCUAAGGGAUCAUCGAUCUGCUGACUACAACGACAGCAAAAGAGUUGAUUCAUGCACGUGCCAAGGAGCCGACUUCACAGACCUUGCAGAGAUUGUCUCCAGGAUCGAGCCAGUCCAAAACUAUGUUUCUGCUGAGGCGGAGGAGUCAGACUGUCUGACGGAGUAUGAGGAGGACGGGAUAGAUGCUGUGAGAGAGGAGGAAGGACAAGAGGAGGAAGAAGAGGCAGAAGACCCAGAGGACCAGUCCCCGGCAGAGUGGGGACCGAAUGGAAUCUUCCAGACUGAUGAGGAAAAAUCAGUGAGGCGACGUCGGAAACACACCAGCGACGCCUCCGAAGUCUCUGACUGCUGACAACAAGCCACAGUGGGAGAUUUUUAAGUGGAUCAUCAAGGGCCCCAAAAAAAACCUCAGACAAUGUGCUCCACGCCAAUUUUUUUUGGAAAUACGUUGUUUGUUUUCUCUUGAACUCAUCCUCAAAGCUCUCUCAGUCAUGCUCCCGAUCAGUCACUCUGAUCCCAAAAGAAGUGGCUUUCUCUGUCUGUUCCACAAGAACUUAAGCAGGUUUUUCAGAGACGGAUUUGAAAGAGGCCCACUUACUCCAUGUUCUCUUUUCCUCAAACCCCAAAAGGACUCCACUGCCCCCUCCCCACCCUACCGCCCCCCCCCCCCCCCCACACACACACAGCAGUGUUUGGCUAUCAAAUGGCCAAAACGACGCCACAAUGCAUGCUUCCAGGCUAUUAAUAUACACUGUGCGUGUGUGAGUCUGCGUGUGUCUGAAUAUUGAAAUAGUAGCAGAAGAAGGUGGAUGUGUUUUGGAACUCUGGGAAGAAUGAAUGCUCAUGUUGACAAAAUGACAUUUCAAGUUGCAUCAAUCAUGAAGAUAGCAGAUGAAAUAGAUCCUGGAAAGUCAAGGACGUGAAUGGAACUUCAAAUUGUUUUAAAAUGUGUCUUUUCAGGAAGUACAAAAGCAGCAGCAAGUGAGUAUUAUUUUAAUGUAAUUUAUUUGAAUACGAAAGCACAAUGGCAGCUUGCUUUUGGUAGUUGUCAGGGAAGAGAUGAGAGGAUGAAUGUGUGAUGGAACUUUGAAUUGAUUGUGCUGCUGUGAUUGGUCCAAGCGGUUUGGAUGACUGUGGGAUGCAGCCAGCGUCCCAACCCAGACCCCCUUUUGCCACACAGUGUCCAUUUUCAUUUUGACUGUACAAAAACGCUCUGUCGCUUUCCCCACCAAGUUAUGCUCACCCCGUAACAGAUGUGAUGUCACUCUGUACACCCCCAUGUUGAACUUAUUUAUCACAGUCUCCACUCAAAAGCACCCUGAGUAAAAAAACAAAAA